CUAAUCACCAUCUUUUCUCUCUUCCUGUACAGUAAACAUCAAGAGCCUGAAGGUGAAGGUGCCUCGAGUGGCCUACAUAGGUGAAGACGCUGAAUUAGAGUGCACCUUCCCCUGGACCGACCCUCGAGACCUGUACUCUAUCAAAUGGUGGCGAGAUAAUGACCAGUUCUACCAGUACAUCCCCAAGAACAAGGACCCCAAGAUGAAGUUCAACGUCACCGGUAUUACUGUUGAUUCCCAGAACUCGACGGAGUUUAAGGUGAGCCUCAAGAACCUGAGCAUUAAGUCGUCUGGCACGUUUACCUGUGAGGUGAUCUCCGACGACAACUUCGAGACCUUCCGAGAGGCUUCCAACAUGACGGUCAUUGACCCGCCGGACCGCAACGCAGCCGGCAAAUUCGGUCCAGAGAUCGAGGUUGCCGGAUGGAGCGGAACCGGCCCUUUAGAGGUACGGGAUGGCGAACAAGUGGAGGCUGUGUGUCUGGCCAGGGGUUCGAAUCCCCCUGCUCCUCUCACCUGGUACAACAACAACACUGAGGUUCCUAGGGAGUUCGUGCGGCCGCAGACGUCACGCACGGAAGGGCACAACACGUACACGACGUCGCUGCGUCUGAUCCUGUCGGCGGGGCAGCUGUGGGACGACCAGGGGCGUCUUCUCCUCCGCUGCACCGCCGACAUCCCCGGACUCUUCCACGAGGCGGCACACCUUGAGCUGCUACCAACGCAGCCCUUAGGCGGGCCCAGCUCUCAGGUCUCUUCGCUGACGGUGGGUACAGCUCCUAGUGGAACAGGUGUGGAGGACCAGCAGGUGUGGAGGACCAGCAGGUGUGGAGGAGCGUCAGGUGUGGAUGAGCCUCAGGUGUGA